AUGGCUGAGCACCAACCCAGAGUUUCGUUUGCCCAAAGCAGCGGCAGCAACACAGACGUUUACGGCUUCCCGCCUGAGACCUUCACCACCGAAGGCCUGCCCGACUUCGAUACAAAGUUUCUCGACGAUGCUGACCUUGCUGCCUUCAUCCAGGCCCUCCAGGCCCCCGACCCGCUGCAGUCUCCGGACGAAACGACAUCGCUGCGGUCCCCCGGCUUAAGGAGCAGCAGCUCGCUCGACGUCACGAAUAGAGGCUCCAUCUACGAGGAUGAGAGGGACGAUCCGCACGCCGUUGCGGCGGCGGCCGCUGCCGCUGCCGGCGACGUCGUGGCACCUGGCCCAGCUCUGAACCAUUCCUUCAGCAACGGCGGAGCGCACAACGGGUCGACGACCCAGCACAAAAUGUUCAUCACGGCGCAGAACGAUUGGGCGCCUGUCAACCAGAGGAUCGUCAAGAGGGGGUCCCGCAGGCGGAGGAACAGGGCCAAGGGCGCUGCCGAGGCUCUCCUCGGGACGCGUACAAAGGACGAGACCCGCGAGGGCAUAUUCUACGCCCUCCUCAAGUGGCCCAUGCUCUUCUUCGUCGGUGCCUGGCUUGCCGCCCUGGCCAUGACAUAUCUCUACACCCGGCUGUACAUUUGGGUAUACGAGCACUUUGUAACCUGGCGCGGUACUCGCGAGAGACUGCGCCGGAGCAUGCGCCGAACCAACAACUACCGUGACUGGGUCGUGGCCGCCAAGGAGCUGGACAGCUAUCUCGACCGACAGCGGUGGAAGGAGGAGAACGACUUUGCCUACUACGACUCCAAAACGGUCAAGCGGGUGUGGGAGCAGAUGCGCAAGUGCAGGCAGAGGGCCGAGGCGCAUGAGAACGAGGACCCCGGCAAUGAGGGCCAGAACACGGCCCAGAGCAAGCCUGCUGUCGAGGAGCUUCAUGCCUUGCUCUCGGCUUGCGUGAAGAGUAACUUUGUUGGCGUCGAGAAUCCCAGGCUGUACAGUCAGACGUACUACGGCACCAAGAACCUGGUCCAGAACUUUAUUGACGAAGUGGAGAGAAGCAUCAGGUUCAUUCUCAAUACGAAGCAGUUAUCGAUGGAAGAGAAGCGGUCCAUUUUCAAGGGCAUGCAUACGAACUACGGACGAACUGCUCUCUGCCUGUCUGGCGGGGCGUCGUUCGCCUAUUAUCAUUUCGGAGUCAUCAAGGCUCUCCUCGAGGCAGACCUCCUACCAGACGUAAUUACCGGUACCAGCGGCGGUGCUCUGGUCGCGGCCCUGGUGGCGACCCGCACCAACGACGAGCUGAAGCAGCUGCUCGUGCCAGCACUCGCCCACCGUAUCACGGCGUGUCGCGAGACCUUUUGGACGUGGAUCCCUCGCUGGUGGAAGACGGGGGCCCGGUUCGACUCGGUCGACUGGGCCAAGCAGUGUAGCUGGUGGACGCGGGGCUCGAUGACGUUCCGAGAGGCAUACGAGCGGACGGGCCGUAUCCUGAACGUGUCGUGCGUGCCGGCCGAUCCACACUCGCCCACCAUCUUGUGCAACUACCUCACCAGCCCGGACUGCGUUAUCUGGUCGGCUGUGCUUGCGUCCGCCGCCGUGCCCGGCAUCCUCAACCCCGUCGUGCUGAUGAUGAAGCAGCGCGACGGCACGCUGGUGCCCUACUCGUUCGGGCACAAGUGGAAGGACGGCAGCCUACGGACCGAUAUUCCGAUCAAGGCGCUUAACCUGCACUUCAACGUCAACUUCACCAUCGUCAGCCAGGUCAACCCGCACAUCAACCUCUUCUUCUUCUCGUCACGCGGAUCCGUCGGCCAUCCGGUCACGCACCGCAAGGGCAAAGGCUGGCGCGGCGGAUAUGUCAUGUCUGCCGUGGAGCAUUACCUCAAGCUGGACAUGACGAAAUGGCUCAAGUUCAUCCGGCAUGCCGAGCUGCUUCCACGGCCGCUUGGCCAGGACUGGUCGCAGCUCUUUCUGCAGACGUUCAGCGGCACCGUCACCAUUUGGCCCAAGACGGUGGCCUCGGACUUCUACCAUAUCCUCUCAGACCCGGACCCGCCGCGGUUGGCGCGCAUGAUCCACGAGGGUCAGCAGCGCGGGUACCCGAUCCUGAAGUUUGUAGGCAACCGAUUGAAAGUGGAGAGGCUGAUUGAGCAAGGGCGGCGCGAGACGCGGCCGUGGAUCCGUAGGGGCAGUAUCGAGACGAUCCUCAGCGAGGAUGACCUUAGGAGCCUGCUCAUCUCGGGCAACACGGAUGUCGACGACGAGACCACGGACGCUGAGGGGGAGACGUUGCUUGAGAACGAGGAGAACGAGGAGGCCAUCAUUGACGACGAAGAGGAGUACGAUGACAAAGAGCGCGAGUACAGGAACGGGCCAAAGAUGGAUUAG